AUGGCCUCAGAACGGAAGGUCAAGUUUGUCGAGGUCGACACCACCCGGGGAGGCUUGCCCGUCAAAAGGAAGCAGGUUCAGCAAGCAUGUGCAAUCUGUCGUCGCAAAAAGCGCCGCUGCGUUCAUGCCCAGGACUCAUUGGAGGACCAUCCGGGAGACAGCGUCAAUGCCCAUGGUCAACCCACCGCCCAGUCCCAGACAUCUCCAGGCCAGGGAUCGACCAAGUCAUUCAAUGGUAGAGCUUCUAGCGCCCCCUUUAGCGAGAGCGGCGCCUCUCGAAGGACGGCAAGCUAUGGCGAAGCAGACCGUCCCAACACAGACGGCAUCAGACAAGCAACAUUCGGCGCAGACAAUUCCGCAAGACCAUCAGAAACUCCCCGACUUGAGGUGCGCCCACCUUCGGCGUCUCCGGCUGGCGAGAGCAAGCUCAGGACGUCCUCCAUGUUUGUGGGGGAUCUGAACCCCGAGGGCAUGUUUCGCGAGGCUACUGGCUCGGCCUCGAUUCACGAAACUUCGCAAAAGGGGGACGUUGGAAUUUGGCUGUCAUCGAAUACGGCCGGCAACAACAAUGGGCAGCCAUCACAGUUCAUCACAUCACGACCGCCUCCUGUCAUGGACCGGUUUCUCAUGCCCUUCGUGAAGGAGCACUGCCUAACAUGUCUACCCUCGGAGCUAGACUUUGGCAAGCUCCGUAAUAUUUUCAUCCAGAAGAUCCACCCCAUUUUUCCGGUACUGCCGCUCGCAUCGUUAGACGGGGAUAUUGCAGACCCCAUCACCAUCGUACUGCGGCAGGCUGUCGCCUUGGCUACCAGUAUGGACCAAGACGCGGCGCCGUACCUACGCCUGAUGAACAACGGCCCUGAUCUCAUGACACCGCAGGACUUUUCCCAGGCAGUAUCCUCGUCCAUGCGCGCCAUCCUCGAGACGAGCAUCAUUGCCGACCGCGUCCUGCACAUCCGAGCCUACGCCAUCUUGUCGCUGUACACACAGCCGACGUGCUCUGAAGAGUCAGAUCUGCCUGCUCAGCUUGGAGGUCGAGCGGUUCAGCAUAUUCAGACGCUCGGACUACAUCUGCUGCGGUACGACGCGCCUAACACUAAUGACCUCGAGAAUCUCUUUUGCGCGGUGUGGGCACUGGACAAGAUCAACGCAGCCAUGUAUGGCCGCCCUGCUUUGUUCAACGAGCGGGACAUUGGCGCCAACCUGGAGGAGUGUAUCAAGAAAAGGUCGCCCUGCUUCCGGCUUUUCCUGCUUGUAUGCCAAUGGCUAGAACAAGUCUUUGAUCUAUACCGACCGGGCCCCAGCGAGGAGAAUUCGGGGCUGGAGAAGAUUGCCUACAUCGAUCUGCCCGUAUUGGAGGCUAUGAUUGUGGAGGCGGACGCGCUCAAGGUGCCCUCGUCACUGAUCGCAACGAUUGAGACCUUCUACCAUGCCGUCAUCAUCCUGUCCUGCCGACUUGCCCGUCCAGGAACACUGCCUGCUGCCUCAACCCUUCCCCCACCUUCGGCCAACGCCCGUCGCUCUCUGGCUGCUGAGCGCAUCGCGUGCGCUGUGCCAAGGGACUGCCUCAGUCCCGUCCCCUUCGUGCCAUAUGCGCUGAGCUUAGCACUGAGUGUCGAGUACCGCAAGAUGCGGCACAGUCGGCUACCCAUGUUCCGCGCGCGAGCCAUGACGGCAUUCCGAAGAAACUGCGCCAUGCUGAGGAAUUUCAGUCCGUAUUUCUGGUCCGCAAAGGUCGUCGCGGAACUUGGCGAGCGCGUGCUCAAGGAGAUGGAGCGCGCGGCCACCAAUAUCAAUCGCGAUGCGACACCUCUCCCUCUGGACCCAAGCGAGCCGACACGGAACGGCAACACAGAUGAGCGAGGGCGGCAGACCAAAGGCGGGACGGGUGACAUGGCUUUCAUGAACGUCGCAGCUGGUCUGGACAAUAUGGUCGACUUUGCGGCCGUGGACGCCAUCAGUGGCCAGGACGUCUUUGGCCACAUCGAUCCAAACUUCAACUUGACGGCGGUCGAGGACGCCUUGGAAGCCAACUUGGACAUUGGAAUGCCCUUGAACUGGGGUGACUGGGUGUUCAAUGGCUGA